ACAAAGAUGAUGCAUCUAUCUUGGUUUUCCUCAAGAAAAUACUUGGUCCAUCGCUCUUGUGGUUCAGGGUAGUUGUGGCAAAUUUAAAUCUACAGAUCAGUAUUUGAGGGCAAAAUACAAAGUAGCAAGGUUUUGACCAAUUGGGAGUCCGGAGCUAUCCGUGUAGGUUGGUAAUUGGAAUUUUAAGCCUGGUGUUUCAGUUCUGGGCUCUGAGCACAGCACGGUGUGCUCGUACCUGGUGUCAGUUUGCAGGUGUGUCGGGUCAACCUGAGUCAUCGGUCCCCCGAUUGCCUUGGAAAUGAUAAGGACUGAGUUUGUUUUUUUUUUUUUCUAACCUCCACGAGGCCAAGUAUAUAGACUCAGAUUCUAGGGAAGUGUGUUUUCUGCCAGGUGUAAACAAAUUUACACCUGCAGCACAAGUCGCGCGGCUUCUUCAGAAAGAGAGAGAGCCGUGGUGCUAACGCGGUAUUCUUCUUGGAAACUUUUGUGUUGGAACGUGCGCAGUUCAACAGCCAGAUCCGAACCAGCCAAAGCCGGAGGGCGCCCAGAUGCUGGCCAUGCGCGGGGAGCAGCUGGGCGUGGUCACCAAUUGGCCUCCGUCCCUGGAGGCCGCGCUGCAGCGGUGGGGGACCAUCUCCCCGAAGGCGCCGUGCCUGACCACCAUGGACACCAACGGGAAGCCCCUGUACAUCCUCACUUACGGCAAACUGUGGACAAGAAGCAUGAAGGUUGCUUACAACAUUCUGCACAAAUUAGGUACAAAGCAAGAGCCUAUGGUACGGCCUGGAGACAGGGUGGCACUGGUGUUCCCGAACAACGACCCCGCGGCCUUCAUGGUGGCCUUCUACGGCUGCCUGCUGGCGGAAGUGGUGCCCGUGCCCAUCGAAGUGCCGCUCACGAGAAAGGACGCGGGCAGCCAGCAGAUCGGGUUCCUGCUGGGCAGCUGCGGGGUCACCGUGGCCCUGACGAGGCGGUCACCCCCUCUCAAGGCCCCCUGUCUCCUGCAGUACAAGACCUGCAAGGACGGCAGCGUGCUGGGCGUGACGGUGACCAGGAUCGCGCUGCUGACCCACUGCCAAGCCCUGACCCAGGCGUGCGGCUACACGGAAGCGGAGACCAUCGUGAACGUGCUGGACUUCAAGAAGGACGUGGGGCUCUGGCACGGGAUUCUGACGCAAGGCCACGUGGAAGACUGA